CCUCCCCGCCCCCCCCUCAUGGAGAGGAUGAGGAAGAUCAAACGGCAGCUGUCACUCACUCUGAGGAGGGGAGGGGCCGCAGGAGGGGAAAGGACGUUGAGUGACACUAUCAACCAGGAAGUGACAUCACACAGUGACUCAGAGGUGUGUCUUCGCUCUUCUUCUGCUGUUCUGAAGGUUCGGGGUUCUGCCUCUUCUUCUUCUUCAGUUCAGUCUCUGCUUCAGUCCUACAGCAGCUCACUGAGGAAACCUCGAGGCCUCGGGCGAAGCCUGAGCUCGUACCUGAACCACACCAACAGACUCGAGAUUGUCCAUGAGGAUAUGAAGAUGAGUUCAGAUGGAGAAAGUGACGCAGCUUCUUCAGACGAUGUAAAGACAAGUCCAGUUCCAGUGAGACUGAGGACCAAGAAGAUCUCUACUGAGGACAUUAAUAAACGUCUGUCUUUACCGGCUGACAUUCGACUUCCAGACGACUACCUGGAGAAGUUUAAUGUGAUUGGUCCAGCUCUGUUUGAGCAGCCAAUCAGCAGGCGGCUCCGCCGAGUGUCUCUGUCAGAGAUUGGUUUUGGGAAACUGGAGACCUACAUCAAACUGGACAAACUGGGAGAGGGGACGUAUGCUUCAGUGUAUAAAGGUCGGAGUAAACUGACGGACAACCUUGUGGCUCUGAAAGAAAUCCGACUGGAACAUGAAGAAGGAGCUCCGUGUACGGCCAUCAGAGAAGUUUCUCUGUUGAAGGAUUUGAAACACGCCAACAUCGUCACGCUUCACGACAUCAUUCACACGCAGAAAUCCCUCACACUGGUGUUCGAGUACCUGGACAAAGAUUUGAAACAGUACCUGGACGACUGUGGAAACAUGAUCCAUGCUCACAACUUCAAACUCUUCCUCUUCCAGUUACUUCGAGGUUUGUCGUACUGCCACAAAAGAAAAGUUCUUCAUCGAGACUUGAAACCUCAGAAUCUGCUCAUCAAUGAGCGAGGGGAACUCAAACUGGCCGACUUUGGUCUAGCUCGAGCGAAGUCGAUUCCUACAAAGACGUAUUCUAACGAGGUGGUGACUCUGUGGUACAGACCUCCGGACAUCUUACUGGGCAGCACUGACUACUCUACUCACAUCGACAUGUGGGGCGUAGGCUGUAUCUUCUAUGAGAUGGCGACAGGUCGACCUUUGUUUCCUGGUUCCACGGUGGAGGAGGAGCUUCACUUCAUCUUCAAACUACUCGGUACACCCACAGAGCAAAUCUGGUCUGGGAUCAGUUCUAAUCCCGAGUUUGUGACGUUCAAGUUUCCUCAAUACAGAGCAGAGAGACUGAGUGACCACACCCCCAGGCUCAGCAGUGAAGGAGUGGAGCUGUUGUCAAAAUUCCUGCAGUUUGAAGGGAAGAAGAGGAUCUCUGCUGAAGACGCAAUGAGUCAUCAAUACUUCAGCAACCUUGGAAACAGAGUGACCAAGCUUCCUGACACAAUGUCGAUUUUCAAUUUGACUGAGAUUCACCUGGAAAAAGAGGCAAAGAAAACGAUGACAACACAGCCACCGGACACAGCAAACAGUCCGACCAGGAGGCGGAGUCUUCUUCUCUGACAUCAUCAUGGGCAGAGUCUGUGGUUAUGACAUCAUCGGGGGCUUGGAUUUCUCAAUGGACAAACAAAGGGAAACUGGCAGAACAGGAAGUGAUGGAUUUUUUUUGCUGCAGGAAACAGGAAGUGAAAUAAAAGAACAAAACAAACAAUUGUUUAUCUAGAGAAGAAAAAGAAGAAGCUGUCAAUCACAACUCUCCUCUGACCAAUCAGAACAGGGCUUCAAUUCUGAAUAUCAACAGGUGAUGAUGUAAUAACUGAAAAGAUGAUGGAGUGAAUUCUGUCUUCCAUCGUCACUGAUUUAAAACAACCGUUAUGAUGACAUCAUCUCGUUAAUGAUGACAUCACAAACUCUACAGCUGCUUGGUUUUGUUUUCACAACACGUCUGAUCAACACAGAUCAACAGAUUAAAUUAGGACCUGAAUUGAAACAUUAUUUUUGUAAAUCUGUUUCUCAUCAGUUUCACUGGCACCUGGCGUCCAGGUGUCAGUGGGAGGAGCCUGUUCACUGUCCAUCACUUUCAGGUCAUUUAGCUUUUUCUGUCUGAAUUUUGUUUUCUUGAAAAGUUUUAAUUUUUCAGUUAGAAGCUUAAAUUAAGUUGUUUUUAAAGUUACUGUUGUGAACUUUUCAAAAUGUGAAUGAAUAUUAGCAAUAUAAAAUAAUUGAUGAGACAGAAAUGAUCGGUGUUAUUAAUGAUGUGUUUUUAAUCUACUGUAAAAAUGUCACAUGUUUGUUUAAAUGUGAGAAUUUAGAAAUAAUCUUUAUAUAGUUUCAGUGGAUCAACUUGAUUCAACAGAACAAAAAAUAAUAAGAAUCAAUAACAUGUACAAAUCUGAAAUACUGAAUAAUUCGUGUUUAGUUUAAAUCAACAAUCGGGAACAAGUUGCGAUCGUUGUGUUAAAUAUGAUCAAUGAUCUUUUCUCUAACAUUUAAAACGUUUGUUUGUUAUUAUGAAAAUAUUUAAAUUCACUGAGAUUCAGAGAAAAACUGUGAAUCUGAAUUUUUCAGAUUCUUUUCUCUGAAUCAGAUUCUGUUUUUGUGAUUGACAGUUGUUUAAGGAAGUAAUGUCACGGGGGGCGGAGUCACCAUGAAGCAUCACAUGUUUUUGUUGUUAGUUAAUGAAAGACUGUUGAAUGUAACUGGUCAGUAUUGAAAACUCAACAAGAGUUAACGUUAAUAAUGUGAUUUACUUUAAUAUCUGCUGACACACAUUUAGGUUAGUUUAACUCUAACCUCAGAAAACUCAAACACUAAAUCCUGUUUCAUUUCAGUCAGAUUAAAGAAAUCCUCUGAUUGAAUUAUCACAAAGUUUAUAUUUUAAGAAUAAUCAGAAAAAAGAUUAAUGUCCGGACGUGUUAAAUGUUUUACAUGUUUAGAAGAAAUCCAACGUGUUUGUUCGGCAUCAACUUUGAUCCAGAUGCUGUUUUUUUGUAAAUUUACUGAUGAGCUUUGUUUAGGUAUUAAAAUACCAAAGUUAUCUGCAAUAUACUGCAAUGCAUGAUGGGAUUCUUCCAGAUAACUGCUAUGCUGUUUUUUCUUUGAACUUUCUUCCGUCUGACGAAAAGCACUGAAACGUAUCUGAUGCUAUAACUGAUCUGAUACUUGAAAUAUUCAUGUAUGGAAUUGAAAUUAAAUCCUUUGACUGUGUACAACUGUUUACGACAUGUAUUCUGGAUAUAUUUACACUAUUCAGUUUGAAUAUAAAUUAAAGUUCUUUAUUUAUUCUCAA